UAAGGUGGGAAAGUAUCCUUACCCCCUCCGACGUAUUUCCGAACUCCGAAGUGAUAGAUGAUCUCGUAAUCAGUGUUUUACCUUUAGAGUUUCUCAGCCGACUCCAUGGAAGUCCUCAUGCAAGCAUCCCCUGCAACUUAUUUUCCUCAGAAGAGCUCCAAAUGGUUCAGUAACGGUAGUGUUCUGAAAAAUCAUACUUUCUGCUUCAUUUACUCUAGCGGGUGUCCCUCUUUCCGCCCAUUUGCUCCCCAGAAGUUCUUUCUCGAUUACAGGGGAAGAAACUCGGUGGUCGUAGCAGCGAAGAAGAAGAAGGAAAAAGUCGAUUCUCAUAGCUUUGUACCCAAACCUGAUGAAGCCACAGGACCCUUUCCUGAAGCUGUGCUGCUUAAAGAGAAGGAGCUCCAGGAAGAUGGUAGACUUCUCCCUGAAUUUGCUGACGCCGAAGAAGAGAAACUUUAUGAGUACCUGAAUCUUCAGCUGGAAAGUGACUUGAAUGUGGAACGAGUGCGUCAUUAUGAAGUGGUGUAUCUGAUUCAUGAAGACCAUGUGGAAGAGGUUAGCAGUGUAGUCUCAAAAAUUGAAGACUUCAUAAAGGAGAAGAAGGGCAAGAUAUGGAGACUGAAUGACUGGGGUCUCCGGAGAUUGGCAUACAGUAUACAGAAAGCAAAGCAUGCAAACUACAUUUUGAUGAAUUUUGAGCUGGAAGCCAAAUGGAUCAAUGAUUUCAAGAGCAUGCUAGACAGGGAAGAAAGGGUCAUCCGCCAUCUCGUGAUAAAGAGGGACAAAGCCCUCUCUGAGUAUUGCCCUCCACCUGCUGAGUUCCACACCCUGCGUGCAGGUAUGGAUGAUGAAGAGGAUUCAGAUUUGGAUGCUUAUGAUGAUGAAGAUGACGGAGAGUAUUUGGAAGAAGAGGGUGAGUUAGACAUGGUUGGUCACAAUGAAGAUGAUGAAGAUGUUAUUGUUGUAAGAGAUGAUGACAAUGACAAUGGAAAGGACAGAAAUCAUGGCUCAACUAGUCCAUAUAGUUCUAAAGGGACUGGAAGAAAUCUGAAGGUUGAGAAAGUAUUUAGGUAGUUCUCCUCUGUUCUUUGUUUAACAUGGUGUCUGUGCAAUUCGUGGUAUUUUUCUCUCCAUGAUGUCAGUUGGGUGAAUAGUGUAUUGUGAAAGAUAUUAAUGCUAUUUUUCUUCCC